AUGGCAACAUUAAAAGAAGUUACACCAAGCAUUGUUAAAUAUGUUAAUGAUAUGUGGGAAAAAAGUCUUACAACAGGACAAGGUGCAAAUACAGCAACUCCAGAAAACCCAAUUCAUCCAUUUGUUAUUACAAGUGUUCAACAAGUUCAACCAUCAAGACAACAAAUGGAAUUAUUUGAAACUCGUAGAAAUCAGUUAGAUAAAUUAAUGCCAGCUGGUAAAAAAUUAGAAACCUUUACCUGUUUUUAUAAUCCAACUUCUGAAGGUCAAUUAAAGAAAAUUAUUCAAAGCAGUUGGAAAGAAGUAUUUGGUGGUAACCCAGAUCAAUUAACUUUUAUUACAAAUGCAAAUGAAGCAGCAAACAUUAAUAGAGUACAAUACUAUAGAACUAUUGUAGUUAGAGUUUGUUUAGGUAGAGAGGGCGUAGAUUACUCCCAACCAAGUAAAGGUCAUAUUAAAAUCAGAGAUCUCGAUGGUGUUUCAACUUCAUUUGUCGUCACCUAUAGAAAUUCCAAUGAUCCAGCAUCACAUUUACAAUCACCAUUAAAAGAUUCAACUUCAUCAUUAUCAUCUUCAUCAUCUUCAGUUGGAUCAGCCCCAUCAUCAGCCAAUUCAACCCCAACCAAAACCUCAGUAACCUCAGUUGCUUCACCAAACAAAUCAACUACACCAGCAGGUGUCACACCAGGUGGUUUAAUUGGAGAUGGUAUUAAUUGUCCAUCAUGUAAGCGUUCAAAUCCUGGAAAUACACGUUAUUGCUUGAGAUGCGGUAGUAACUUAUAA